AUGCGGAAACUUCCCGAUGUCGUACUGAGUUCCCUCCCCGCCCCCGCACACCCUGCUUUGGCCUUCCCAGGUACGCCGGAAAGGAGGAGGAAGUGGCGGGGAGGGUCCUUGUUGCGGACAAGGGGAAGCGAAAGAAGGGUGGGAGAUGAGAGGCGGCGGCUCAAGGGAAAGGGUACUGUGCGCAAGAGUGUCGUUCGCCCGCUGGCACUCGGACCGACGACGUGUUCGACGGUCCGAGAAGAGGUUCUGACUGCUGUUCCUGCGAAACGUGCUGGCCGCACGGUCGCCCUGCAGCGAUACCUCGAAUCGUUUUUCAGGGAAGAGUGUCGGUUGCCUGCCGUGAUCACGACCGGUUAGCGGCAGAUAAUGAAGUGGGGAUGAUGUAGACAAUACGGCGUGCGUUGGUUGCGAUUGUCCACAUGGUGUGCUCUGUCUUUUUUUGGCGUGUUUCGGGCGAAACCUGAUGCUGAAGUCGUUGUAUUGAUUGUCACCGUGGUGUGUACAACGGAAUGUUG